CAUCACGCAGAAUUUCCGGUUCCACCUUAAAUGGGCAGCAGCUGUUAUUGUAACGACUCAGGCGCGCGAGUUAAGGUGGACCGGCGAGUUAAAGUCAGAUUCGGCGCCUCCUGUCGGUGAUUAACUCCGCUGUAAACACUGCGGCGCCUCCUUAACCCACCCUGCGCCCUGCCAGCGCGAGCGGUGCCUUAGCUGCUCGGCUAACCUGCUAAACUCUCCACUCCUCCCUCACGAGCGGAGCGAGAGCGCGAGACCCUCCACACCUUCACCGCAGGCUCAUUCAUGGAUCUCCAGAGUGCUGGUUCCGUGGUUCUGCAGGCUCUGACUCAGGCCACCAGCCAGAACACGGCCGAGCUGAAACCUGCUGAGGAGCAGCUGCGACAGUGGGAGACGCAGCCGGGCUUUUACUCCGUACUGCUGAGCAUCUUCAACAACCACCUGCUGGACGUGAACGUGCGCUGGCUGGCCGUGCUGUACUUCAAAAACGGGAUCGACCGCUACUGGAGGAGAGUCGCUCCGCAUGCUCUGUCGGAGGAGGAGAAGUCGUCUCUCAGGUCCGGCCUCAUCACCAACUUUAACGAGCCGGUGAAUCAGAUUGCGACUCAGAUUGCGGUGCUGAUAGCGAAGGUUGCGCGGCUGGACUGUCCACGUCAGUGGCCCGAGCUGAUCCCGGUUCUGCUGGAGAAGGUGAAGGUUCAGGACGUUCUGCAGCAGCACCGAGCGCUGCUCACAUUCUACCACGUCACCAAGACCCUCGCCUCCAAACGCCUCGCUGCCGACCGCAGACUGUUCCAGGACUUAGCCUCCAGCAUCUACAGCUUCGCUUGUUCUCUGUGGACCCAUCAUACAGACACGUUCCUGCUACAGAUCCACUGUGGAGACCAGCAGGAGGCGCUGAGCUCUCUGGAGCGCACAUUGCUCUCUCUGAAAGUUCUGAGGAAGCUGACUGUUCAUGGAUUUGUGGAGCCUCAGGAGAACAUGGAGGUGAUGGGGUUUCUCCGUGCGGUGUUUGAGAGGCUGAAGCAGUUUUUAGAAUGCUGUGGUCAGGUGGGGGUGGGCAGUCUGUGCAGAGAGAAGCUGGAGAAGACGAUCAUCCUGUUCACUAAAGUGCUGCUGGACUUCCUGGAGUACCACCCUUUCCCGUUCAUCCCUCUGAUCCAGCGCUGUCUGGAGUUCUCGGUCAGCUUCGUAUUCACAGCGGCGGGAGAUGGUCUGCUGUUCGAGAGGUUCAUCGUCCAGUGCAUGAACCUCAUCAAGAGCAUCGUGAAGAACGAGGCCUACAGACCCGACAAGAACAUCGAGGACAGUAAACCUGAAGUUCUGGAAGCUCAUAAGAUUAAAACGGCGUUCUUCACCCACCCGACGCUGACUGAGAUCGCUAAGAGACUCGUGUCCAAGUAUUUCCUGCUGACGGAGGAGGAGCUGGUCAUGUGGGAGGAGGAUCCCGAGGGCUUCGCCGUGGAAGAGACUGGAGGGGAUUCAUGGAAGUACAGUCUGAGGCCAUGUACGGAGGUGCUGUUCCUGGAUAUUUUCCACAGUUACAGUCAGACUCUGACUCCAGUUCUGCUGGAGAUGAUGCAGAACCUGCAAGGUCCCAGUAAUGUGGAUGAUAUGCUGCAGCUGCUGAUGAAGGAUGCAGUGUAUAACGCUGUGGGUUUAGCGGCGUAUGAGCUGUUCGACAGCGUGGACUUCGACCAGUGGUUCAACAACCAGCUGCUGGGUGAACUACAGGUCACUCACAACAGGUAUAAGCUGAUCCGGAGGAGGGUCAUCUGGCUGAUCGGUCAGUGGAUCGCAGUCAAGUUUAAGCCCGAGUUGCGCCCCCUGCUGUACGAGGUUAUACUCACUCUCCUGCAGGACCCUGACCUGGUGGUUCGUAUUGAAACGGCUACGACUCUGAAGCUGGCUGUGGACGAUUUCGAGUUCCGCACCGAACAGUUCCUACCGUAUUUGGAGUGUAUAUUCGGGCUGCUGUUCCAGCUGCUGCAACAGGUUAACGAGUGUGACAGUAAAAUGCAGGUGUUGCACGUCAUCUCCUGUGUUAUAGAGCGAGUCAGCAUACAGAUCCGGCCGUAUGUGGGCUGCCUGGUUCAGUACCUGCCUCUACUGUGGAAACAAUCAGAGGACCACAACAUGCUGCGCUGCGCCAUCCUGACCACACUGAUACACCUGGUGCAGGGUCUGGGCGCUGAGAGUAGGAACCUGUAUCCGUUCCUCCUGCCGGUGAUCCAGCUCAGCACUGACGUCUCCCAGCCUCCACACGUGUACCUGCUGGAGGACGGCCUGGAGCUUUGGCUGGUGACGUUGGAGAACAGCCCGGCUCUCACGCCUGAACUGCUGAGAAUCUUCCAGAACAUGUCCGCUCUGUUCGAGCUCAGCUCGGAGAAUGUGAGGACGUGUUUCCAGAUCGUCAACGCCUACACGUACCUCUCAGCCACAGAGUUUCUACAGAACUAUGGUGAAGGUCUCUGCAGAUCCUUCUGUGAAUUGCUGAAGGACAUCACCAAUGAGGGACAGGUCCAGGUUCUCAAGGUGGUGGAGAUAGCGUUGAAGGUGAGGCCUCUUCUGGCCCCCCACCUGUUUCAGCCCAUCCUGCCAUCCGUGUUUCGGGGGAUUAUCGAUGGAGAGCGGUACCCGGUGGUGAUGUCGGUGUAUCUGGGUGUGAUCGGUCGGGUUCUCCUGCAGAACUCCAGCUUCUUCACUGCACUGCUCUCACAGAUGGCCCUGGAGUUCAACCAGGAGAUGGACCAGCUGUUGGGGAACAUGAUAGAGAUGUGGGUGGACCGCAUGGACAACAUCACUCAGCCUGAGAGAAGAAAACUGUCCAGUCUGGCUCUGCUGUCCCUCUUACCUUCGGACAACAGUGUGAUUCAGGACAAGUUCUGCGGAAUCAUCAACAUCUGCGUGGAGGCCCUGCACGACGUCAUGACUGAGGACCCCGACACAGGAACCUUCAAAGAUUGUAUGCUGAUGAAUGGUCUGGAGGAGCCGAAGCUCUCUGAUGAUGAAGAGCCUCCGACGGAGCAGGACAAGAGGAGGAAGCUGUUGGCCCUGGAGGACCCCGUCCACACCGUGUCUCUGCAGCAGUGCGUCUACGAGAAGCUGAAGGCUCAGCAGCUGCUAAUGGGCGAGAGCGGCUUCCAGGCUCUGAUGGAGACGGUGGACACGGAGAUCGUCCGGCAGCUCCAGGAGUUUCUACACGGGUUCUGAGGAGCCGCACCAAGAACACCAGAACUGCAUCAGCCGAGCUUCCUGUGUUCUCCUUUCUCUUUACUUUCCAUAUGUUUUCACUGAGCUGAGUUUGGUAGGCGAGAGCAGGCGGGGCAAGGCAGGGCGGGGCAGUCGGGGCAAGGCAGGGUGGGGCUACUGAUCCAGACAGAGACUGAUAAUAAAGAAGAAACAGAAGAACAGACUGAGACCAGCACCAAGGACCCAAACCGUGUUAACAGCUCAGCUUUAUGCCUGCAGUGUGUGAGUGUGUGUGUGUGUGUGUGUGUGUGUGUGAGUGCGUGUGCGCCCGUGUGCGUGCGUGUGAGUGUGUGUGCGUGCGUGUGUGUGUGCGCUAGUCACCCCCCCCCCCCCCCCCCCAUUAUUCCCUUUAUUAUCCUGUUUUACGAUCCGCUGUGAGAAAGUCGAGCUGCCACUCCGAGUUCACUGAACGUUUCAUUGCAGACGGAAUAACUUCACAUUACCACGCGCAGUCGUUUGUCUCAGUGACACUGAAAACCAGACCAGACCACCUCAAAGGGAAAAUCCACUGGUUUUUCAAAAUUCCUCCAUAACUCGGUGUGAGGUGUAAACAGAGGGAUUCAGAGGGGUUUAGUGUGAAAUGGCUCAGACGUCUUUACAGUGGUGGUGAUAGGAGCCCCCCAGCCCAAAACCUUCUGAAAACUAGCGUACCCCCUUAAAAAACAUAUGGUUCUUCAGGGUUCUUUAGUAAAGACACUGGUUCUGCACCAGCCAGUGAACACUCAAACAGUUUGCUUGGUUCUUUGAGUUAAACGCUUCUCCUCAUUCUAAAUUAUUCUUCAGAUUGAUGGAGAAUGUAUUGUAUAUGGUUCUAUAUAGAACCUUCAGUUCUACAUAGUAUGAAAAGGGCUUCGGUUCUUCACGGGUUCUUUAGUAAAGAAUAUGGUUAUGUAUAGACAUUCUGCAUCAAUCUGAAGAAGCAUUUCAUAAUGCAAAGAACAGUCAGGCAGGUGGUUCUUUGAGUGUCCGUGGUUCUACCUAGAACCAUUUCCUGUACAUUUGUAAGCGUGUGCUGUAAUAAUCAGAGCAUUUCACACCAAACCACUCAGUGGCUUCGUUUACGUCUUGACUGCUUAAUUACGCAGGAUUUUAUUUUUUUAAUGAUGAAAAUCCUUUUUUUAAUUUAUUGAACAUCAAAUAAAAAGUUAACACAGUUACCAGUUCCAGGUCUGUGAUCCUGCCGUUCGAGGUUCAGUGAGCUCUGUACUUUAAGACAACUCGAUUUACUCAUCAGUGUCCGAAAUUCCCCCCUCCAAUUAUCUGUUACCCCCAUACCCAUCCCCUCCCCCUCCCCCC